UCCAGGAGGAAGUGGAGGAGAGUGGAGUACAAGAAGAAGAGGAGAACAGGGAUGUGUCUGCUCCAGAUCUAGAGGAAGAGGAGGAAGAAGUAGAUCGUAUCAGUGACCCAGGAGAGAGCUCCAACCCAGGUUCAGAUAGCGAUCCCAGUACCACAGCAUCAGGAUACCAUAAACAACACAGACAGAGGAACUCAAGACAGAAACAUCACCACUGCAUGGACUGCUCCACUAGUUUCUAUGAGCCAGAUGAGUUGAGAAGGCACACUUGUAGGCCCCACCCCUGCUCAGAUUGCAGAGGCAGUUUUAUUUGUCCCACUCACCUCAAAUCAAAACAGACUCACAAAAGGAAGAAGACUUACCCGUGUGGCCAAUGUGGGAAGAGUUUUAGUUGGUUAGACUCCCUUAAGAAACAUCAGAGAACACACAGUGGACAGAAGCCGUACCACUGCUCUCAGUGUGAGAAGAGUUUCAGUCUGGUAGGAAACCUAAAGAAACACCAGCUCACUCACACAGGGGAGAAGCCUUACCACUGCUCUCAGUGUGAGAAGACUUUCAGUCUGGUAGGAAACCUAAAGAAACACCUGCUCACUCACACAGGAGAAAACCCUUACCAAUGCGCUGUGUGUGGGAAGGGUUUCAGUCAGUCUUAUCGACUAAAGUCACACCAGAUAACUCACUCAGGAGAGAAACCAUACAGCUGUGAUCAUUGUGGGAAGAGUUUUAAAUUGGAAGGAAGCCUUAAGAGUCAUCAGAGAAUACACAGUGGAGAGAAGCCCCACCACUGCUCUCAGUGUGGGAAGGCUUUCAGUCAGGCAGGAGACCUAAAGAAACAUCAGAGAAUGCACACAGGGGAGAAGCCUUUCCACUGCUCUCAGUGUGGGAAGAGUUUCAGUGAGUUAGGGAACUUAAAGAGACACCAGAAAAUUCACACAGAAGAGAAACCAUACAGCUGUGGUCAUUGUGGGAAGAGUUUUAAAUUGGAAGGAAGCCUUAAGAGUCAUCAGAGAAUACACACACGGGAGAAGCCUUACCACUGCUCCCAAUGUGGGAAGAGCUUCAACUAUUCAGGAAGCCUUAAGGAACAUCAGCGAAUACACACACGGGAGAAGCCUUACCACUGCUCCCAAUGUGGGAAGAGCUUCAGUGAGGAAGGAAAUCUAAAGCAACCCCAGAGAAUACACACAGGAGAGAAACCACACAGCUCUGAUCAGCGUGGGAGUUGUUUUAAAUGCGAAGGAAGCCUGAAAGAACACCAGGAGGCAGUGCGCAGUGCAGUGCCUGAUCCUGGCCUCAUAAUGGAGUUGCCAAGCUGGGCAACUGCAUAUCUAACUAAGAUUGACUGACUGUUUUGGUCAUUAUUCUGUUAACCCUUAUUUUGAAUAAAGUUUUAUAUUCAACACAUUGUUAAGACAGCUGGAAACAGAGUGGAAGACAGGCAAGAGGGAGAGCAGUAGGAACACUAGACUCUGCACAUUAUCCUGUGAAACCUCAUGUUCUUUUCCAUUAUUCUCAUGAAAUGAAAAUGUACUAAAGAGUAUUAAUUAUGCCAUGAGGUCACAUUUGAAUUAAAGUGUUGUUGUUUUUUCUUCCAGAAAUCCAUUGUUUCUAUCUGCAUAAAUCAAUACUAGAAAUAUUACAUUAGUCCUUUAACAAGGUACCAUAACAAGUUACUUUUUGUAUUUUGAGUAAUAAUAACUAUAGCCACUGUGGUCAGCAAUGCAUUACUUUCAGAAUGUAUAGUAAUUCCUCAGUCAAGCAGGGAAUUUCAAACACAGAUUCAACCAGAUAGACCAGGGAGGUUUUCCAGUGGUUCUCAAAG